UCAUGCGCUGGGUACUUGAUUAUGAUAGAACUAUACAUUUGGGGCUCCCUACUGUGCCCCCAGGAUUUAAAUCAGGAGACAGGAAAGUCUGGAUGCGUCUUUACCAGAAUGUCGCUGGGCUUUAUUUGCAUCCAGUUGGAUUGGAGCUACAAAUUGAUGUUAGCAGCUUGAAUGUUUCUGAGUGGAAAGUGCUGAAUGUGUUCUAUAAUGGACAGUACUUUGAGGACAUGGAAGACCUUGAAAGACAAUUCAACAAGGGGAGAGUUAAGGUGGCCAAAAUAAAGAAGUCUCCUCAAGAUGGGUAUUCAUCAUUGAAGCCAAGGGUCCCACCCAAGCAGCCAGGCCCUCUGCAAUAUGAACCUCGUGGUCCAUGCUACUGCAUCCGGAACAACCAGGUCACCUUCAUGUCAUGGAGUUUUGCCUUUGGAAUGGAAGCCAACAGAGGACCACGUAUCUUUGACGUUAGGUUUGAGGGUGAGAGGAUAGUCUAUGAAUUAAGUGUGCAAGAUGCAUCUGCCCUCUACGGGUCCAAUAGUCCAGGGCUAAUGAUUUCCAGGUUCAUGGACCUAAGCUAUGCCCUUGGGAAAGGUGCUGUCACCCUCACCCGGGGCAUUGAUUGUCCUUAUUUAGCAACCUAUUUGGAUGGGCACUAUUUACGUGACUCCUCACGACCCGUCACCCACAAAAACUCUAUCUGUAUCUUUGAACAAAAUGCUGAGAUUCCAAUACGACGCCAUUAUGACUACUUAGCCUCUGCGUUUUAUGAGGGGCUGGUUGAUUCAGUUCUGGUGUUCAGAACCAUUUCUACAAUGGUUAACUAUGACUACACCUGGGAUUUUGUGUUUCAUCAAAACGGAGCUGUUGGCGUCUUGGUGCAUGCCACUGGGUAUAUUCACUUCUUUGAUGUUGCUGCAGAUUUUGGGAGCCGGGUCCAGGAGUUGACGCUGGGAACAAUACGUACUCACAGGAUUCAUUUCAAAGCGGAUUUGGACGUCAGUGGCUCUGCAGGCAGCUGGUGUUGA